CACAAAUUGAUGACAGAGGGAGCGAGCGUAGCGUGACUGAAGAACAUUUUCGAAACGCGUAUAAAACUCAAAUUUCUGCGGGAAAAAAGGCUUGUUUAUUAAUACCAUAAUGUCAGAACCCGUCAAGGAAGACCAAGUCGACGAAAUCAUUCAGAAGACUGAAGAAGUCGUUCUCGAUGACGAAGGCAAGCCCUUGUCCAAGAAGGCUCUGAAGAAGCUUCAAAAGGAGCGUGAAAAGGCUGAGCGCAAGGCUGCCACUGCUGCCAAACUCGCUGAAGAAAAGGCAGCUCGCGAUGCUUCCAAUGUGGACUAUUCCACGGAUCGCUAUGGAAAGCUUCCCAUGAACCAGUCGCAAACUCGCACAGGCACCAAGUACGAGGACAUCAAGACUGUCAACGGCAGCCGUGAAGGCGAAAACGUUGUGAUCCGUGCUCGCGUCCACACCUCGCGUGCCACUGGCAACAAGAUGUGCUUCUUCGUCUUCCGCCAAGGCGUCUCCACUAUGCAGGGUAUCAUCACUGCCGACGAAGACACCAUCAGCAAGCCCAUGGUCAAGUUCUGCGUCGGUAUUCCUGCUGAAUCGAUCGUGAUUGUUGAAGGCAAAAUCACCAAGCCUGUCGACGAAGUCAAGAGCUGCACCAUCUCGGAUGCUGAACUUGCCAUUUCCAAGAUCCACGUUGUGUCUGAAGCCCAGGGCCGUCUUGCCUUCUCGCUUGAAGAUGCCUCGCGUCGCGAAACCGACUACGAGCAGGAAGACACGCAGCUCGUGCGUGUCAACUUGGACACCCGUCUCAACAACCGUGUCUUGGAUUUGCGCACGACCACCAACAACGCCAUCUUCCGCUUGCAGUCGGCUGUCUGCUUGUUGUUCCGUGAGUUCUUGAUCCAAAAGAACUUUAUGGAAAUCCACACGCCCAAGAUGAUUUCCACUGCUUCUGAGGGUGGUUCAAACGUGUUCAAGGUCUCGUACUUCAAGUCGAGCGCAUUCUUGGCCCAGUCGCCUCAGUUGUACAAGCAAAUGUGCAUUGCUGCCGACUUUGACCGUGUGUUUGAAAUUGCACCCGUUUUCCGUGCCGAGGAUUCCAAUACCCAUCGCCACAUGACCGAGUUUGUUGGUUUGGAUAUGGAAAUGGCCUUCAAGGAGCAUUACCAUGAGGUCGUUGAAGUCUUGGAUGAAAUGUUCGUCUACAUUUUCUCCAACCUCCAGAAGCGCUUCCGCACCGAAAUCGAUGCCGUCAAGAAGCAGUAUCCUCACGAAGACUUCCAGUUCUUGGACAAGACUUUGCGCUUAAAGUAUGCUGAGGGUAUCCAGAUGCUCCGUGAUGCUGGUGUUGAGCUUGGCGACUAUGACGACUUGAGCACCACCAACGAAAAGUUGCUCGGCAAGUUGGUUAAGGAAAAGUACAACACCGACUUUUACAUCUUGGACAAGUUCCCUCUUGCGGUUCGACCUUUCUACACCAUGCCCGAUCCCGAAAACCCCAAGUACUCCAACUCUUACGAUAUCUUCAUGCGCGGUGAAGAAGUUCUUUCUGGUGCCCAGCGUAUCCACGAUCCCGACUUUUUGAUUGAGCGUGCCAAUUUCCAUGGCGUUGAUAUCUCGACCAUCCAGCCCUAUAUCGAUGCCUUCAAGAUUGGUGCUCCUCCACAUGCUGGUGGUGGUGUCGGUCUCGAGCGUGUUGUCAUGUUGUUCUUGCAACUGGGCAACAUCCGUCGUACCAGUCUCUUCCCCCGUGACCCCAAGCGUUUGGAACCAUAAAUAAUCUUCUUCUCUGUUAAUAGAUACACACACACACACACACACACAUACUCUUUCGUCCCGU